GGAAGGAAAUAUGAGGCUCAAAUUUUUGCCUAAUGCUGACGUGUCACUGAUUGGCAAGAACCUGACCUCACAUAUACCACUUAAAUUUAUCACAACCCUCUUAUCCUUGACGCUUGAGGCCUGAGAGCAAUGGAUUCGCAGUCCCAGAGCUCUUCAAUGGCCUCUCUUGCCUCCCAAAUUUGCAAUCACAUAGCCUCCAUCUUCACUAAACCAACCCACCCACACCCGCCAGUCUUAGACCUUUUGGUCAACGAGCUAUCUUCUGCAGCGGCCAGAAACGGCGGCGUCUUCCUUUACGGAGUGGGCCGAGAGGGCCUAAUGCUGAAGGCUCUGUGCAUGCGGCUGGCCCACCUCGGCCUCUCGGCUCACAUGGUCUUCGACAUGACGACUCCCCCAAUCUCCACCACCGAUCUACUCAUCGCCUCUGCGGGCCCAGGUGGAUUCUCCACAGUCGAAGCCAUUUGCUCCGUGGCAAGAUCGCACGGUGCUAGAGUCCUGCUGCUAACUGCCCAGCCGGAGACGGGAUCCUGUGUGAAGCACGCUAGCGUGGUGGGUUACGUGCCAGCGCAGACCAUGGCAAAUGAUGCGGAUGCUGGUGAAGUGAUGGAAUCUCUGCCGUCGCUUCCUAUGGGGAGCGUGUACGAAGGGGCCUUGUUCGUGUUGUUUGAGAUGGUGGUGUAUAAGUUGGGUGAGGCCUUAGGUCAGACCUCCCCUGAGGCCAUACGAGCUCGCCACACCAAUCUCGAAUGAAUGAAUGAGAUUGGACCCACCAAGGGCUGUAUGUUAUUUGGGCCUACGGCUCUCGGCCCAAAACAAAAUAAGCCCAUGGCUCACUUUGUAACCAAGAAUAAUAUAAAUAAAGCACAAGUUAAUUUCAGCUUUAA